UUGGGAGAGAGAGGUUACACCAAACGUGCUCCUCCUGACAGGGAAUGCCUUUUCUCCAACAUAUCCCUACAUUACACGGUUAUUCUAUCAGUUUGAUCAUCAUGUUGAAACUUCCGGAGAAGUCCAACGGACAAACAAGCACCAGAAUCCUCCUUCGAGGCCAUGUCGAAGGAUAAGGUCCACUUGGUGAGGUUCAUUCUCGACGGACUAGAUGGUAAAAUAAUCGACUCCAAAACGGAGGGGGCGCAGACCCCCCUCAUCUCCUCUGUUCUGCUCCCCGACUGUAAGACCAGGUCCAAACCAGGUCCAGAGAUGCUUCUCCAUAGAGGCGCCAGCGUCAAUUGUCAAGACAAGAGUGGCCGCACAGUGCGCUCAGUUACGCGUGUGACAAAGGUUACCUCGAGGCGGUGAAGAUUUGGGUUAGAAACAAUGCAGAUCCAGAGAUGGUUGACGCGUGGGGGAACACUGCGCUAACGUACGCGGCAGUGACAGGUCACUCACCGGUCGUUGCGUUUUUGGUGAGAGCCUUCAAGAGACUGCGGCUUCAGAUAGACCGACAGAAUAAAGUUGGUAACUCGGCGGUGGAGGUGGCAAAGUUUCUCGGCCACACAGACUGUUUUUAUGCGCUCACCAGUACCUCAAAGAAAACUCAUGAAAACGGCGUUGGGGGUCAGAAAGAUGGUCCUUCCAACGUCAGCUCGGAUUGUAACGUAAAUGAGGAGAAGUUGGAGUGAAAGUUAUUGGGUCCCAUUAAGAGACCAGACGUUCUUCAGGCGUGUCUCCAAAGCGACAGCUCCACAGCAGUGGACGGGACAUGGCUCCCUAGGGCAUCGGGUUGCAGAAUAAAUUAUCUGAGUCGAUUACUGUCAAUGGAUUCCAUUGAGGAGUUUGAGAGAGAGUUUGACAGCCCUACAUCCCCACAGGGGCUGUUUUUCUCGGUUGUCCAUGACCCAAACCCCCUCCUCGAUCUAACAACCUGACCUGUCCGAAAAACGUCUCUAAGGUCACCAAACCUGGGGGCAAGUUGACCAGCUGACAAUCCCCUGCCUCCUCUUACCAGAGGAUCUGAUCACAUAUCGGUUCUCUAUUCGACCUGGCCGGCCAAAAACACCCUGAAAACAACCAAAAUCUGUGCGUCAAUAUCUGAGCCGACUGCCUCUCGUCUUGGUAUCCUAUUAACUCCUAUCACAGGCAACAAAGGCAAAGACGAAUCGGAUAAGGACAAACUGUAAACAGCACCUGACUUUAAUAUGAGGGGAUUUGAUGAUAGUUAUUACCAGAAAAGGUGCAGUUUGCCCACAAGUAUCAGUCCUGUGCCACCUGACCGUUCGAAAAUGCCUUUACGAAAAACCAAAACCACCAACACCGACAUUGCAGAUUUUACACUGCCUGUUGCCAGCUCCUCAACGACUUUAACAGUUUUGGGCAACAAACUGUUACGGAGAUUUACUUUCCCCGCGUUUAAACAGAGCGGGAAGGAGGCGCCGGAGGGCGCGUGUGGAGGAGAUCCCGCCUCAGGUUCAUCGCGAGGAAUGCCGUGUUCAGAGACGUUUCCGCUGUGUACGAAACACCCUCAGGCUACCCGCAAGUUAGCUGUUUCAGCACCUGGAACCAGGACAAUGGAGCGGCUCAGAUUCAGCACCUUGGACAGUGCAGGAGUUCUGCUACGUUUGUUCGGGAUCCUGGCCCGGUUGACGGUGACGGCUGAGCAGGAGGGAGAGAAUCUCUCCGGUCUGUCCACCAACCCAGACAAAGACAUCUUCGUGGUCCGGGAGAACGGGACCACCUGCCUCAUGGUCGAGUUUGCUGUCCGCUUCACGGUCCCCUUUGACGUCCUCGCGAUCAACGGGAUAGACCUGAUCACGGAGAAUGCGUAUCUGGCUCUGCCUAGCGGGGCAGACAUUGAAGGGAAAUGCGGGAGCCAGGACGCCGAUAUACACAUCUCGUGGAAGGAUAAUGCCUACACACUCCGCAUCAACUUCGUCAAGGAAACCCGUGACAAGGGAGAUGAGGUGUGGAAAAUUAGCAAGGUGCAGUUCGUUUAUGACACCUCGGAGAAAACGCAUUUCAUCAACCCAUACAACCCUGGGAGGCACACAGCCAGCUCCCACGGUCUGUCAGCGUUAGUGACCCCUGCUGGCCGCUCGUAUGUCUGCGAGGCUAAGCAGACACUCACCCUCAUCUCCAGUGACCACCAAAAGGGAGUGACUGUCGCCAUGAGUGACAUUCAGAUCCAGCCCUUCGACAUCAACUCAGACUUCAUGUUUAGUGAAGCAUAUACGUGCAUCACGGACCAGCGGGAACAGCUGGAGGAGACUCUUCCUCUGAUCCUGGGUUUCAUCCUGGGCCUCAUCAUUGUUAUCACGCUGUCCAUCUACCACUUCCACCUCAAACUGACCACUGCCACCCAGCCACAGCUGCCCCGCGACCGGUCCAUGUACAAAAACAUGUAAGGAACUGGACAUUAAAACAACCAUUAUACGACAACUCUCCAUGGUCAAGGAUAGUACAGUAGAACAACAUUCCAAGACUCCCCAUGUUCAAGAGCAUGUAAGGAAUCAAACAUUAGAUCAACAUCAAUAUAACGACUCUCCAUGUACAAGGUAAUAGGACAUUGAAACAAGCACAAAAUGAUGUUCAAGACAUGUAAGGAAUCAGACAGUACAAUAACUAUGACUCUCCGUGUUCAAGGAUAUAGGACAUUAAAAACAAGACAACAUGACUACUCUCCAUUCAAGGAUAUUAGACAAAUGGUAAUAGACUACGAUUAUAACCACAACGCUCCUGCCUCUCCAAAGUCAAACCAAUGUGACUUCCCCUGCUCUGAACUUCACCAUACAUUGGAGAGUAGGCCAUAACUUUAUGGAGGCCUAACUUGCGAUAUGGCUAACUUGAGAUACGUGUGCGUAAUUUGGAGCGUUCUCGUAAAAUCCUGCAUUGAAGUAAUUUGAAGACUUGCGCAACAUUCGAUUUACGCACACAGAUUUUUCUGUUAGCAUUCCACCCCUGUCUGUUCUGUUGUUUAUAUGUCCAGAAACCGCCGUUUUUGUCGAGAAGCCUGCGCUUUGUUAUCGUCCCCCCCAUCACUUGUCUCUGUCUUUUCUGUGAACGCGCUGCAAAAGAAACCUCGCAGGUAGCAGGUCCAGAGUUGAUGUUCAGCUGAAAUGUUUACUUUCCUAACUCUUUUUGUUUUAGAAUGCAAUCAUAGUGGUGAAAGUGGAAAGUGUUGUGGUGUGUACACUGUACAGGUGUUUCAAUGAACUUCAGAAAUCAUGAAAAAUAAAUAAUGACAGUAAUAAUUUUGGUAUGACGGAUCCUUUUCCAGAUCCGACUUUAUGGAAUUAUAUAAAGAAAAAAGAUGAAACCUGUAAAUAAAACAAAGAAAACAUGGUCUGUAAAAACUUGCAAAAAAUAAUAUUUAAUAAUUUAUCUCAUAUCAGAAUGUCAGAAGAAGAAAGUUUAUCAUUGUGAAAGAAAUGUGCAAAGAUAUUUAAGAUUUAAAAAUAAUAAAUGUACAAUAUUUUCAGAAUGACUAUGCAUAGAAAAAUAUGCUGAUGCUACUUUAAUGUUCACUUAAAUAAAUUUCACAGGAGAUAUCCUAAGCCUACGCAAA